GCUCAGACCACCCGAUUAAUCCUCCAGAGACUAAAGGGGAUCCUUUUGAGGUGGCAAAAUGGCCCGAUGCAGUGCCAGCUGAAAUAAUUUGGCUAAAGGGAAUCGCUCACAUCUUAUCUUCUAAGCCGGUUACUAAGACCAGCCUAGAGAACGGUUCUUCCGGCGACCCGUCCAUUGUUGAGACCGCAGACGUUAGCUCGAUGCUGCCUGAGUUUGAAGUCCCAUCGUUGCAAACGUUUUUAAAUGAUGCCAGCAUUCUUCAUACCUUCGUGGCAGAUGGGCCUCUAAAGUCAUUCUGCUACCGACGACUUAGUUAUCUCCAGUCCAAGUUUUCUCUUCACAGCCUGCUCAACGAGGCCCGAGAGUCAGCCGAGCAGAAACGAGUUCCACAUCGGGACUUCUAUAACAUACGUAAGGUAGACGAAACGAGUCUAUCUGCCUCCUAUAGGCACCUCCAAGCAGUAGGCGGAUGCAUUAGCUACCCUGUGGACAGUCUUGUGCAUUUUGCCUUCCCUUUCUUUCAUAUGGGCCUUGCAUUGAUGCCUUGGAUCUGUGUUAAAGAUGGAUCUCGUUAA